UGUAUCUAAACGUUGGCUAUGAUGGCUAAGCACUCAAAAUGACGUGUGCGAGGUAGUAAAUAUAACUUAAUUUUAAGAUGGAUAAUGGUGAUGUUUUUAUGAACCAUGACCCUAAAGUGUCAUUUUGGAAUAAGAAUGUAAGAGCGGUUCCUGGAAGACCAAGCCCAACAAAAGAUCCCAAAGUGUCUCGUCAUCGCAAUGCUGGAAGUUCAGCUUCAUAUCAUGAUUUCCAGGAAAGUGUCAGCGAUGCAUGGGACAUUGGAGAUGAUGAAUUUUGUGUAGUGUCAGAUGUUAGUAUUAAAAUAUCCAAGAAAUUAGCUCAUUCAGCCGCGUUAAGUGUCAUUAACAGUCAUCGUCACACGUCCAGUGAAGAGAGUUUACCUGCGGUAUCUUCGCAAAAACCGUGCGGUUACACUAUUUCAGAAGAGAAAAAGACGGAAGCUAUGCAACGUUUGGCUACUCAGAAGAAUCCGCCACCCAUUGUUUCCGAGCCAAAUGUUCAAAAUUCUCCAUCGUCCAGACAAUACUCUGGUAAACCUCAUGCAAUGAAAGGCCAGAAAUCGCUAAAAGAAAAAUCCAAAGAAGGAGUAGUUAGUGAAAUGAGUAAGCUUGAACGUUUUCUUCCACUCUUUGAAAUGCCUUUGUUAAAUUUGGAGGAAUUAAAAGACUUGAGUUGGUCAGGUGUUCCUGGCAAAGUGCGUGCCAUAACGUGGCGAUUGUUGUCGGGAUAUUUACCAGCAAAUGCUGAGCGUCGAGCACAAGUUCUAGAGCAAAAGAGGCAAGAUUAUUGGAACCUUGUUAGACAGUAUUAUGAUACUGAUAGAGAUGAAGCAUACCAAGAUACUUACAGACAGAUACACAUAGACAUACCUCGCAUGAGUCCGCUUAUUGCACUUUUCCAACAAAGAACUGUGCAAGAAAUGUUUGAAAGGAUUUUGUAUAUAUGGGCCAUUAGACACCCAGCCUCUGGUUAUGUUCAAGGAAUGAACGAUUUGGUCACACCUUUUUAUGUUGUUUUUCUGCAAGAAGUGUUGUCUGAUGAUGCAGAUCUGGACAGUUGUGAUGUAUCAUCAUUAACUAAGGAGCAAAGAGACAUCAUUGAAGCAGACUCUUUUUGGUGUCUCUCAAAAUUUCUUGAAGAAAUACAGGAUAAUUACAUUUUUGCACAGUUGGGUAUUCAACAAAAAGUUAAUCAGUUGAAAGAACUUAUUCAGCGUAUUGAUGCGACAUUGCAUAGACAUAUUCAAAGUCAUGAUGUUGAUUACUUGCAGUUUUCUUUUCGCUGGAUGAACAACCUUCUCACUAGGGAAUUACCCCUUCGGUGUACAAUAAGACUCUGGGACACGUACCUUGCCGAAUCGGAUGGUUUUGCAUUGUUUCAACUGUAUGUAUGUGCUGCAUUUUUGCUCUUUUGGAGGCGAGAACUAUUGCUUGAACGGGAUUUCCAGGGUUUGAUGUUGCUAUUGCAGAACUUGCCCACCCAGAACUGGGGCGACUCUGAAAUCAGCAUGCUGGUGGCAGAAGCUUAUCGUCUUAAAUUCACUUUUGCUGAUGCCCCGAACCAUUUGCAAAGUGGAGAGAGGUGAUUGGGUAGCCAGUUCUGGGAUGACUAAGUGCUGGUUGUUCGUUCCGUUGAUGUGUCUCGAGCAGCAGCUAUGUGUUAAAAAAAUAUCACAUCUGCCUCUGUAUGACAUCAUAUAUCUCCAAGUGCAUGCAGAAUCACAGUUACUCUGAUGUAAGAAUUGAUCUUAAUAGAAGGUUUAGACUUUUUAAAUUUACUCUGCAAGCCUCAGGUAAAUUUUAAAAAGCAGUUUUUGAGCUUAAAACAUUUUCUACCUGAUAAAAUUUAUAAAAAGUUUGAAUUAAAUUGUAUAACGAAAUAUUAACUAGGUAGCAAUAUAUCAGAGUGGUAAUGAAAAACAUGCAUUGUUGCAUUUUCUGAAUGAAAAAAAAAAAAAAGAACAAA